UGUUAUUUUAUCUCAACUGCCUAGAGGCUGUGAUGAAAAAGACUUCAUCCGCUGGAAGAACAGCAUGCACAGGGACUUCACAAUUAAUAGUUUAUUCUUUGAUCCCUUUUCGAAUAAAAUCUAUGACUACACCAAUGGGAUGGCAGACAUAAAGUCUUUAAAGCUCCAGACACUUGUACCUGCUCAUUUUUCAUUCAAAGAGGAUUGUGCAAGGAUUCUGCGAGGCUUAAGGAUUGCAGCUCGUCUGGGUUUGUCACUCUCGAAGGAUAUUGAGUCUGCAAUACAUGAUCUUUCAUCUUCGAUUGAGAGUUUGGGCCAGAAUAAAACCACAGGAAUGGAUGACUUAACCGUUGGUGUUCUAUAUACCAACCAUGAAGAGUUAGACAAAGUUAAUUUACAUGAAGAGGUACAAAAAAAUGGUAUGAAAAUGCAGCCUGCAGAUGAUGCUAUGAAAUUUUUAGCAGCAGUAGACUUCGACCUAUCAUAUUCUUCUGAGAAGUUGGUAAACUUGCAUUUGCUUUUGAUGCAUCUAUUGGUUUGGAAUAAUGAUCUAGAAGCAAUGGCCAUGGGUGAUAGCCUUAGCUUGGAAAUAUCAGUUGAGAAGGCACUAGUAUUUGAUCUUUUAUCUGGAAUUUUAGAUUCUGAGUUACAAGAGUUUAGCAGAUUCUUGGAUGCACUCAGAGCACAUAUAUUUUAUGCCAGUCAUAAGAUAUCUUCAUGCAGACACUCGAAAGAGCUAUUUGUUAUAAUGGAAGAAACUUUGCAUGAUUCUGAAGAGUCAUUAAGACAUUCUCAAGAGCAGUUCUUGGAAAUCAAGAUGCAAUUGGCUGAAUUACAAAGAUCAUUUUCAUAUUUCAAGGACGAGAAAAGAAAAAAGGACGAGGUAGUGGAGCUCUCAGGAAAUGAUCAACUGUUUGACAGUUGUGCGACAUGGAAAAAGCAGACUACCUUACAACAUAGACAUGUUCUAAGGACUCUGGAGAAGUCUUUCUCAAUGAAGAACAAUUGUUAGUGCUUAGGCAAAAUGAAGAACAAUUGAAAUUAAAGUUGCAUUACACUGAACAGGUGGCUUUUCACAUGGAAGAAACAGCAGAUGUUGUUUGGGGAAGGUUUUUAGAGGCAGAAAAUGCUGCAGAGGUGCUGAUGGGUAUUUCAAAGGAACUACUUGGCCGACUUCAUACUGCUCAGUUUCAUUUAUAUGGUUCAAUGCAACGAAAGUUCAACUCAAAUCUAAACUUAAAGAUUGCAUUGAAGAGCUAAGUGCUAGAGAUGUUAUGCUACACAAGCUUGGAAGAAGAAAUGAAAAACUUGAGAGCAACAAUGCACAACAUGGUACCAUAAUUUCAAAAGUUCUGAUCUUAAAAGGAAAAAGUAAAAUCACUUGAGGAACAACUGAAA